UUUAUAGGUGACCGCUGCUGAUUUAACCUGCUGAAAUAUGUUCUUGUUACAUUGUAUAUUCAAUAAGAUUCCAUCAUUUUAUCCUGACUCACAUCGUUGAAAUGGAGCAAUACAACAUUCUUGGGCGAAUUGGAGAGGGAGCUCAUGGAAUAGUACUGAAAGCAAAGCACAUUGAGAGUGGUGAAAUAGUUGCCUUAAAGAAAGUUCCCUUGAGGAAUGCUGAGGAAGGAAUACCAAACACAGCCCUAAGGGAAAUCAAAGCCCUACAAGAGAUAGAAGAUAAUCCUUAUGUUGUGAGGCUUCGCGAAGUCUUUCCCCAUGGCGCUGUGAUUGUGUUUGUGUUUGAGUUCAUGUUGUCAGAUCUGUCUGAGGUCAUCCGGAAGGUGGAGAAACCACUGACAGAAGCACAGGUCAAGUCCUACAUGCUCAUGCUGCUCAAAGGAAUUGCCUUUUGCCAUGAAAACAAUAUUAUGCACAGGGAUCUUAAGCCUGCAAACUUGCUGAUUAGUUCUACAGGACAUCUGAAAAUUGCUGACUUUGGGCUGGCUAGGGUGUUUCAGAAUAAAGGAGACAGACAGUACAGUCAUCAAGUCGCCACACGGUGGUACAGGGCUCCAGAGUUGCUAUAUGGUGCAAGAAAGUAUGACGAAGGUGUUGAUCUGUGGGCUGUUGGCUGUAUAUUUGGUGAGCUGCUGAACAAUUCUCCAAUCUUUCCAGGAGAGACAGAUAUUGAACAGCUUUGUCUUGUGGUCAAAGUGUUAGGUACCCCAAGUGAAAAAACAUGGCCUGGAAUGUCAAAAUUGGACCUUCCGGACUACCACAAGAUUUCAUUUCCUGAUAACCCCCCUAUCCCCCUGGAGAAGAUAGUUCCGGAUGCUUCAGAAGAGGCUUUGGAUCUUCUCAAACAGUUCUUAGUGUACCCAAGUAAACAGAGAAUCUCGGCAAAACAGGCACUUCUUCACCAGUACUUUUUCACAGAACCACUCCCAGCACACCACUCAGAGCUGCCAAUUCCCCAAAGGACGAGUCGCCGCAGUGGCCUGCAGCUGAAGCAUCAGGCCCAUGAAUACAAUGCCGACCUGCCCAUUGAAGACUCCCUUAUCAACCCUGAUCGCCUCGCUCCACAUGUUAUACGAAUGAAGUAAUUCGUAAUAAUAAUUCAUGCCUGUCACCUUGCUUCUGACAAUACAGUUGAAAUUGUCCCAGGUGGAAACCUGUUUUUUAAGGGAAAAAA